AUGACGCGCGCCGCCGCCGCCGCCGCCCAAGCGCCCGACGACCAGACGAAGCUCAAGAAGCAGCUGAACGAGCUCAUGAAGCGCGAGGAGAACAAGUUCUGCGCCGACUGCGGCUCGCGCGGGCCGCGCUGGGCGUCCAUCAACCUCGGCGUCUUCAUCUGCAUCGCGUGCUCGGGCAUCCACCGGAGCUUGGGCGUCCACGUGACGUUCGUGCGCAGCGUCAACUUGGACUCGUGGACGCCCGAGCAGGUGCAGCAGAUGCAGCGCUGGGGCAACGCGCGGGCGAAAGCGCACUUUGAAGCGGCGCUGCCCCGUGACUGUGUUGUGCCGUCGGAGCACUCGGGCGUGCGGGACAAGGAGAGGUGGAUACGCGACAAGUACGAGCGGAAGCGCUUUGUGGACGUUGCGCGGGAGAGCGAGGGCCGAAGAGGCCGUCGCCGGACGGUGGAAACAAGUGAAGAAGAGGGAGAAGACGAGGAGGAAGAGGAAGAGGAAGAGGAAGAGGAAGAAGAAGAAGAGGAAGAAGAGGAGGAAGAGGUGAAGGAGAAGGAGCGACGGGUGAUGAGACGCCGGGACUCGAGGACGGGGUCCCGAGUGAAAGACGCAGAGAAGACAGCGUCGCAGUCGUCGUUGGUGUCGGCAUCGGUCGACAUGUUGUCGUUUGACGAGAUGGGCCCUGUGGCUGCUGUUGCAGUGGCAUCUGCAGCGAACUGUGUGGAUGUAACGGCAGGACGUGCUGCAGGAGGAGCGAUGCAGAUGAAAGUGGACGAGUGGACGUCGUUGGGUGCACCGAGUGGACCAGUGCAGUCGGAUGUAAAGGACGCGUUUGCGGCGCCGCCGCUAGUCACUCCGGCGCCAGUUGAUCAACACGUGAACAAGAUGGCUAACAUCAUGGCGAGCUUUGGUACCGGCUCGCAGCAGCAGACACAAGGGCAGCAUGCAUCGAAUGCUUUCCAACAGGGAAUGGCGACACCAGCAGCUUCGAUGAUGGGGACGCCGAUGAAUGGGAGGGGGAUGAUGCAGCUCCGACCUGCAGGAAUGUGUUUGCCCAUGAACACAAUGGCAAUGAAUGGACAGGGAUUCAUGCCGUCCAACAUGAUGGGAUACCCGAUGCAGAAUCAGAUGCUUGGUUUCCCGCAACAGGCUGGAAUGACGAUGGGUGGUGCAGCGUCGAUGGGAUUCCAAGGUCAACAAAUGCCAAUGAACUCCAUGGCAAUGCAGAUGAACCAGGGAGGCUUUCAGCACCUACACCAGCAGCAACAACAACAACAACACCAGCAGCAGCAACAACAACAACAGUUCCAGCAGUUCCAGCAACAACAGUUCCAGCAACACCAGCAACAGCAACACCAACAACAGCGGUUACAGCAACAGCAAGUUCAGCAGCACCAGCAGCCUCAGCAUCAAUCACGGCAGCAGCCGCAAGUUGGAGGACUCAGCCAGCCGUUUGUCAAUUUCGGCUAG